AUGAUUUUGGAUUUUUUACGCAAGAAUGUUCGUCUUAUCGGGCGGCAUGUAUUCGCCGCGAGUAGCACAAAACGAAAGCCCUCUGUGAUAAGGAUAAUAGGUAGCACUUGUUGUAUCGGUGGAGCUAGUGCGUUGUUGACUUAUCACCUGCUUCAGCGUAAUGAAGUGCACAUGGCCGCAACAGGUGCCGUCGUUAGUCUGCCAUCUGUUUCUCGGUACAUGGCCGAACCGAUAACUAGUCGGCAGGUGCUACAGUCGAACAAAAACGAUAUGAAAUGUCGCAUGGAAGAGCUGGUACUUAGGAUACAGCACGAUUUUUGUCGCUCACUCGAAGCAGAGGAAAACUUCGGUAACAAGUUCCUGGUCGAUCGUUGGGAACGAAAGGAAGGCGGUGGUGGUAUCACCUGCGUCUUACAGGAUGGUGAUGUGUUCGAGAAGGCCGGAGUCAAUAUAUCCGUAGUGCAUGGAAACCUGCCAAAAGGAGCCAUCCAACAAAUGCGGUCUCGCGGCAAACAACUGGCCGAAGGAGAGUUACCUUUCUUUGCAGUCGGCGUUAGUGCGGUCAUUCAUCCGCGCAAUCCGAUGAUACCGACGAUUCAUUUCAACUACCGGUACUUUGAGGUGACCGACUCCACAGGACAAAAGCAAUGGUGGUUUGGGGGAGGCACAGACCUUACGCCGUACUAUCUUAACGAGGAUGAUGCAAAGCAUUUCCAUCGUACGCUGAAGGAAGCAUGUGACCCGCAUGACCCCACAUAUUAUCCUAAAUUCAAGGAAUGGUGUGAUAAAUAUUUCUUCAUACCGCAUCGGAGCGAGAGCCGCGGCGUUGGGGGUAUUUUCUUCGACGACCUCGACGGUCCAGAUGCCGAGCGCGCAUUUGAGUUUGUUUCAUCGUGCGCACAUUCUGUAAUACCGUCCUACAUGCCAUUAGUUCGACAGCACAAAAAUGAUGCUUAUGGCGAUCGACACCGACAGUGGCAAUUGUUGCGUCGCGGUCGCUACGUAGAAUUUAACCUAAUCUAUGAUCGUGGCACAAAGUUUGGUCUGUAUACGCCAGGCGCGAGAUACGAAAGUAUUCUUAUGUCGCUCCCUCUUAACGCAAAGUGGGAAUACAUGAACAUUCCACCUCAGGGCACGGAAGAAGCUAUCAUAACGGAGGUGCUUAAGAAGCCCAAAAAUUGGUUGAAUUUAUAAGUUUAACAUUGCAACGGAAC